AUGAACGUUGAUGACGAUUUUACAGUUUACGGAGUCUUCGAUGGUCAUGGCUUGCAUGGCCACAACGUGUCCAAUUUCGUAAAGGAACAGUUGGUGAAGUUGAUUUUGGAGCACCCUAAGGAGUCCAUUCAGGAGGGGGCACAACUGGAUAAAGCCUUGAGGACGUGGUUCCCAGCGAUACAGGAUAAAUUAGAGCUGGCGACCAAGUCGGGUGAACUUGAUGCGUCUUGCAGUGGAAGCACAUCCACCCUUUGCGUCCACUGCCAUGAGACGGAUACCAUCACCGCGGCAUGGGUCGGGGACUCUAGGGCAGUGCUAGCGUACGGCUCGUCUCCUACGGUGGUGGAGAUGACCACGGACCAUCGCCCUGAGCGGCCACAGGAGAGGGCUAGGAUAGAAAAGACUGGGGGAAGGGUAGUUGGCUAUGACGGUCAUUGUUGCUACCGGGUUUAUGUGAGGGGUCACAGCUAUCCUGGUUUGAAUAUGUCUAGGGCCAUGGGGGAUCUAAUAGCGUACUAUAGAGCAGGAGUUAUACCUACUCCUGAUACUCGGAGGAAGCAGGUGGUGAGGGAUCCUGAGCGGAGUAGCCCCUCGGGGCUGUCGUAUGUGUCUAACAACUUCUCGUGGCACCCUGGAGACCCGUUCUUGCUCGUGUGCAGUGAUGGUGUGUGGGAGUUCAUAUCGUCUGAUGAGGCUGUUAGCCUAGUGAGCAUGAUCCUUACUAGUAGUAGCCAGGCUCAGGAAGCUGCGGAGUUCCUCGCUAAGAAGGCGUGUAGGAGAUGGCUAGACCAAGGGGGAGGUGUUGUAAUUGACGACAUCACUGUCAUUGUGUCGUGCCUUAUGCCUCAUCCCCGAUCGCCUCGAUCUCCUCAGUAUUAUUAG